UUUGGAAAUGAAAUAAAAAAUCACAUGAAAGACACGGUGUUUUCGAGGCGAACGUACAUUCGUCGACUCCAUCAAACGGGGCAAUUUCAUUUAGAGUCUAUUAUGAACAUUAUGCCUCGUCUCUUUGACACUGAAGGAAUGAUUGUCCAGGACUUUAAUGUUCGCCAUCCAAAGCUGUCUCUUGUCUUGUAUAACAAGUGGCCUCGAGUUUCAAAAUUGCUGUUAGAUUACGCCGAUCAAAGCGACAUUAACUAUAUGAAGAAGCUAGAUGUCCUCAAAGGAGUUAGCGAUUUGGAUGAUGAUGACAAAAUGACACUCGCCUACUGCCUUUUGCCAUACGUUCUACCAUCAUGUGGAAGAAAAGCGACGCCAGCAUCCGGAAAUACUAUGUCGACUGAGCAGCAAAGUCUUUCUGAAUCGCCGCAGGCAAAUAUCUGUGGAACACGAAAAAGAAAAAUCCCCGCAGCCUCUAAGUCUCCAAAGCACUUUAAAUCAAUUAAAGCUUCUGAUUUAGACUGCCUCAAAAGUCUCAUCAUUUUUAAAUCGGUAAAUACGCAUGUGGCGGAUGUCUUAGAUGAAAAUCGCAAUAAAGCUCCAUUCAUACUCGCAUUGGGAAUUCCAGCGCUAUUGAAAUUUGAUGCGUUUUAUGUCAUCAUCGAUAAAGUGGCAAUCCCGUGCGGUUCAAGAUUCCUAGUCGCCCUCGACACCUGUUUCAAAACUUUUACAGUGCUUGGAUUACCCUUUCCUCUCGAGUCGUAUGAUCACUGGACAUUCAUUUCCCAUGGAGUAGCCGGAAACGGAAGUCACUCACCAAUUCCGCCGGUUGUUCAAGCUCUGAUCGGACAAAUCAUGUGCCGUAUUUAG